AUGUCUGAUGAGCAAAUACCAAAAAGUUCUGAUACAGGAGUAAUUCCAGUUGAACUUCAACCAGAUGGUAUUGUUGUUGAGAUUCAGAUUAAUAAUAUUGUUAGUAACUAUCAAAUUCCUAUGCACAUUGAUCUAAGAAAGGUAGCUUUAAGUACUUGUGAUGUAAUAUAUGAACGCGCAAAUACACAUCUUGUUAGGCAUAAGAAAAAAUAUAAUUGUUUUAUUAAAAUAUUUAAUUCGGGUAAAGUUGUUGUAAUGGGUUGUAGAAGUGAAAAAUCUGCUUUAUUAGUAGCUAGAACCACGGCAAGGAUGGUACAAAAAAUCAUGGGAAAAUCAGAUCAAGUGAUUAGAAUAAGAAAUUAUAAGAUUAGUAAUAUAAUGGCUACCGUUAAGUUUCCCUUUAAUAUUCAUAUAGAAAAAAUGUCAAGGAAGUAUCCAGUUAAUUCUCAAUACGAACCUGAAUUAUUUAUUGGCCUAUUAUGGAAUUUUCAUGAUCCAUCGAUUAAAGGUGUUUUGAGAAUACAUACAACUGGUUCCGUUACUGUAACAGGAGCUGUAUCUGAAAGUGAACUUGUGGAAAUUGUUCAGCGAAUUUAUCCCGUUAUUAAACAGUCAAAAAUGUAA